AGAAAAAGAAAAAAAAAACUUUGAAUGCCGCCUACCCAUUAAAAAAGAAAAUCAAUGCCUGUCGCCAUGUCUCUGUUAAGGUUGCAUAGAUAAAGCGCAAAAUGGACCAAUCUCUGUGAUCUUUGCUUCUCAAAAUCAAAUCCUUUCAGCCAUUCUUCCUUCUAUGCUUUUCCUACAGGGCUGGGCUUCUGAUUCCCAGAGUAAAGUAGUGAAUAAUGCCAGCAAAACCGCGGAAUGAAGAUCAACGGAUGCACCAUGGUGCUCAAAGUGUGUUGAACUCAACUGCCUACUCAGAGCCCUGGUGGAAAGCAGUAGGGAUUGACCUCUUAGGUGAAGCUGCUUCAAAGUCACCCUCUGCAGAGAAAAAAAAUGGUCCAACAGCAGAUGGAGAUGGGCGAAAUGGACAUGAUGAACAAUAUCUCAAGCAUGUCCCUUCUGCAGCCCCCCUCACAUUGGUUGAACACCUUGAACCAAAUUCCCAAAUGGAACUAGCUGGCCACUCAAUUGUCUUGAAAUCUUACCCCUGUUCAGAUUUGCAGUACAGUGGAAUACUGGCUUCAUAUGGGCCACAAAUAAUGGUGUCACCACUAUAUGGAAUGCAUCAUGCUAGAAUGCCUUUGCCUCUUCAAAUGGAAGAGGAGCCUGUUUAUGUAAAUGCAAAGCAAUAUCAUGGAAUUUUAAGGCGAAGACAAAUACGUGCCAAGGCUGAGCUUGAAAAGAAAGUCAUUAAAGUUAGAAAGCCAUACCUUCAUGAAUCACGGCAUCUGCAUGCUAUGAGAAGGGCUAGGGGUAGUGGAGGUCGUUUUCUGAAUAAAAAGAAGCUGGAUGAUCACAUCACCAGUCCUAACUCAGAAAAGGGUAUGAAUUCAGAUGAAAACAUUUCAGCUAAAUCAGCUCACUUAUCUGGGUUUGAGUGCUUAUCUUCCAGUGGUACUGGAAAUUUGAGUUCCUUCUACGGACAGCAAGAGGGAAAUGAGUCACUAGUUAAGGAUUUGCAUAAAGCACAGCCUUUAGCUAAUAGUACACUCCACUUAUCAUCUAAUAAUGCUGAGAAGGGUAACUACUUCCGCCAGCAGAGGGAUAUCGUGCAAGGGAAUGGGGCACAACAUGGGGCCCCUUCAAUUAAAUGAGAUUCCUCCUUGAGGCAGCGCUGGAGGUAUUUGCCCCUUAGAUGUUGGGUGGCGGAAUCCCUCCCAGAGUGGCGUCUCUCAGGCAAAUCAUUCUUGGCUUUGGUUUGGUUAAGGGGUUAUCAUAUGAGGAAGUAUGUGGUCUUUGGUUUUAUCCACACACUGCUGUUCCUCCUAUUGAUCCCGUUGUAGAAAGAUAAUGUGUGGUAUCGUGCUACCUACAAAAGUGUAUAAUUUGAAACAACUUAUAUUAGAACUUGUGUACUGAAGCAGAAUUUACGUAUGACUAAAGAGUUUUAGCAUUUACAUGAGUGUGGCCUUAAUAAUGUAUAAGUGCUUCCUGCUGUUGCUUCUCUCCUUUCCUCUUAUUUUUCUAGUUCUUAUAUGAGAAACGCGUCUAAAUGAUAAAAAGACAAAUCUGAGGCAUGGAGAUUUUUGGUUAACGCUCUGCUGGAAAACGGAGGUAUAUGCAAUGCAUGCUUGAUACCUUUUGAGGAGGCUCGUGAAUAGCGCCAAAUAUCAUCCCCUGGCCCCGAGAACUCUAUACAAAUGAAGACCUUUCCCAUUGGCUAAAAUUUUAGAAGUAUGGUAUUUUUUUUACAUGCCCAAGACAGUUAUAAAUGUAUAUAAUACAGGAGAAGCAUUAUUGGUCUUACAGAAAAAAAAAAAAACCAGUUGUCAACAACACUGCUGUCAGCUGGUAAUAUAAUGCGUCUUGUCUCUUAAUUUGUCUGAAAAUAGAAGUCUCCAACAAUUUCUAGUUUGCUUGCUCUUUAAGUUGUUCCUGUUCCAC